AUGUCGCGGCCGUACAAGAAGAGCAAAGGGGCUGGGGGGAUAACCAAGUACAACACGCCAUGCAAGUUCUUCCUGCGCGGCAGUUGCUCUAAUCAGCGCUGCCCCUACCUACACGUCCGCAACCAGACGGUGAUACGGUCGACCAGCCAUAAGGAGGUUGCUGCUCAGGAAGGAAAUGGCACUGUGAAGGUUAUGUCGACGAUGCUGAAGCUGUUUUUCGAGAAGCAAACGCAGCUCAUCUACAACGCGGAAACUGGAAUGCUGAAUCUGUCGAAACUCGCAUCCUACGACGACCUGUCCUCUGUCGCCUCCAGCAUCAACUUUAACACGCGCACCUUUUGCGUAGCGUUGUGCACGUGCAUUCGCGAGCUGGUCUCGCCGCCGCCGGCCGUUCUGCAGCUCGACCGCAAUGAGCUGAAAGGCUUCCACCACCUCGGAAAAGCCCUCGAGGAGGCGGGUCUUCAUGCGUCUCUGCGUGCCCUGUCGCUGGCGCACAACAAUAUCACGUCCACGACCAUUGCACAGGAGCUGAAGCACUUUUCGAACCUGACAGAGCUGAGCCUCGUCGGCAACCCCGUCAGGGAGAACGUCGACUACAAGCUAAAUUUCAAGAAGUGUGUACCGUGGCUCCAGGGUCUUGACGGGGAAAGUAUGGCGGCCCCGCCGCUGGAGCUGCCGUGGCCGCGAUUCUUUGACCCCAAACACACGCUGACGGAUGAGGGCAGCGCCGCUCAAGGCUUCUUCUCCAGCGUACGGGGUUACGACAGCAUACAGAAGGCAUUGCUGCACUUCAUCCAGUCGGCAGUGCUGAACCCGCUCGAGAUGGAGCCGGCCCCCGGUCUGUUAACCGGCGUGGAUGCCGUAUCAGACGUCUACGCGCUCAACGCGACGUUUACCUUUAGCCUGGUAUCCACUGAGGCCGCCGUCUCGACGCCGAGUCGAACGGCUGGUGGCAGUGCUGCCUCAACGCAGCGCGAUGUGGUGCGUGAGAUUGUGGGCUUCCGCAUGCGUCAGACGGAGAGCAACCACAACGUGCUCCUCGGCCUCAAGUCAACGACGGUGGCAGUUGGUCGAACGAGCGUGUGCGCCAAGCUCGAGCACGUGCUGUAUCCGAAGAACUUCGUUGUGGGCCACUACAUCCAUGAAAGUCCGGAUGUGGCGGUGCUGGACAACAAAGGGUUCGGCCCCAACGCCAUUGUGGGAAUGAAGCAGCCGCUCUCUGUCAUUACCCUGCAUGGCGUGAUGCUUUGGCGCUACCGCACCACCGGGUCUGACGCCGAUGUGCAGCACGCUAGUCUCUUACGCGAUGCCCUCGUCAUAAAGCGCAACUUCUCACGCGUGAUCACGGUGUCGUCGACGGAGCCGGACCGCUGGCACAUCGUGAAUGACAUGGUCACUCUCUUCCCCUUCCGCGGCGGCAGCGGCAAUGAAGGCGAGUUGGGAGCCUCGAACCCUGCGAGCGGCGGCGCAGGUGUGAGCACCGCCCCCUUGACACCAGAGAGCAUUCUCUUCCGUGACGUGCAUCCGUACGACGUCGUCUUUAGCCCUGCCACGGAUCCGAAGCGGGCGGCGCUUAUUGCGCGGCGGUACCGCGUGCCUGCCCCCAUCGUAACCACUUUGUGUUCAGUCGUACACUCAGACAGAGAAUUGGCUGUCAUCUUGGUGGACUUGACUGACAUUCCGUUGGAGGUGUACGAGCAGUGCGCCCCGGUUGUCGAGAUGGAUCCGCUCGCGAGCAUUUUUCUUUGCCGUAUCGGCAACCGCUUCAGCAUUGAGCCGGCUGAGGGGGUUGUGCUGCUGCAAAAGUACGGACUUGACUGGCCUGCCAUUGAGCAGGCAGUCAGCCGGUGA